AACACCUCGCAAGUUGGGAUCCUCGUACAGACGACGACCGCAGGAGCUGAGAUUGUCCUCCUGGCUUUCCACUGCCCCGAUGGCUUUACCUCUCCCACUCCAGUCCGGCCUUCUUCCCUCCGAGAUCGAAUACCUGGCCACCUCGUCCACGACGAUCAGCAUCGUACCCCUCACUUCCAUAGAUCGAGCCCGCUUCCUUUCUGGCGUCUAUGGACCUUUUCGUCCUCCGGCUAGGACCACUGUCCCGCUCUGGCUCGCACUCAAUUUGAAAAGAAAGGGAAAGUGCUACCUGGUCGUGCCGGAGUGGAUGAUGGCUGAGAACCUAUCGAAACUUCUACAGACAGAGACUACAACAUUAGCAUUCGCAGAAGUCCCCUUCCACUACGCAUCAAUAGCCAAGGUCAUCCUGGAAGUAGCUCCAGACGAUGUUCCUGAGGCGGAUGAGGUGCGAGCGAUGUUGAAGGACCUGCGCGAAGCGCGGCAGAGCAAGAUCGCCCAGGGACUGGACAUGAUCAAUCCGUACCACCUGGAAAUGACCAACAUCUCCUACUCGGAGCUAUGCGAGUUGCGACCCUUCUUCAGUACAGCCUUCACCCACCUCCGAGGAAUGCGCAUCGUCGCUCCUCCCCCGGCAGAUGCAGCAGGCGACGACUUUCUGGGCGACUUCUCAGCCUCUUCAUAUCCUACAGGCACACCGCGUCGGACAAGAGCUGGGGGCGGCGGAGCGCCGAGGGGAGGCUACGGUCUGGAGGAGGACUCAUUACCGUCGGACUUUAGCUAUAACAGCAUGGCGGGACAAGGACGGACGUCAAUGCCGGGCAGAGGGGAGGAUGAUGACGAUGACGAUGGUAUGGGUGUGGCCCAAUGGGGCGGUGUAUCAUGACGGUACCGAAAUUCCCAAGCAAAAUACAUUAGACGCCCUGCUUGCUCCCACGUAUGAUGAACAGGUGCUCCCUC